AUGCAAUACAGACUACUCAUCGUCGUAGCCUUGCUGAUGAGCUUGGCCCAGGCAAGACCACAAGGACAAUCCGGAGAACCUAUUCCCAUUCUCAGGCAGGAGCAGGAGGUGAACUUCGAUGGGUCCUACAAGUACUCCUAUGAGACGGGCAACGGCAUCAAUGUCGAGGAGGAGGGCUACCUCAAGAACGCUGGCACCGACGAUGCUGGACAGGUCGCGCAGGGCUUCUUCUCCUACACCUCCCCGGAGGGCAUACCCAUUCGGAUCACCUAUCUGGCUGAUGAGAAUGGCUUCCAGCCGCAAGGCGAUCAUCUGCCCACGCCCCCACCAAUCCCUCCGGCGAUCCAGAAGGCACUAGCCUACCUGGCCACGGCGCCGCCGCCGCCUCAAGAGCAACCGUCUGGUGGGUUCAACAACCGACGGGGCUAGACAAUGUGGAUCACCUACAUAUGUAUUCCCCUGUGUGAGCAAUA